AUGGAACACCGCGUCGGCACCGUCGUGAAGAGGCUCCGUCUGGUACGCCGCUGGCCAGCCGGUUGGCGGAACGUCGCAUCGGCAUCGUCUAGACGAGGCUCCGCCUGGUACGCCGUUGGUCAGCCGGUGGGAUGGAUCUUCGAAUCGGAAUCGCCGACACGCGCCCAUCUGGUGAACCGUAGGAGAUCGCGGACUUACGGCGCUGUCGUAAGCCAUUGGCAAAUACGAGUCGUUCUUCCAUUGCCAAGAAAAUCUCGCGGCCCACAGCGGAGUUCGGCCGCGCCGGCACAUCAAGCAGCCCUAUUCAGGGCGGGCCACUGCUUCUCUUCGAAGGAGGCCUGGAAAAGCUGGCCUAACAAUUGCUGCGGAACCACGUCGUCUGCAGGCUGACUGUGGUCGCAGACGUAAAACUCACAGUCGAAACAACCAAAAUCGAGACAGCAACAACAACAACACUACUCGCUCUCCUCCUCAUCCUACCUAUUCUUCCUCUUCCACUGCCCAUUCUUCUCCUUCGUCACCUUCUUCUCCACCACCUUCCCCUCGCCGCACUCGUCGCCAGACUGGCAGGGUGAGUCCGCACACUCUGGCAGCCUGGAAUGUUCGUUCCCUUUUAGACAAUCCGAGCAGCAACCGACUGGAACGGAGAACGGCGCUAGUGGCACGAGAACUGGCGCGCUACAAGGUGGACAUCGCCGCACUCAGCGAGACCCGAUUCUCCGAACAAGGCCAACUGGAGGAGGUGGGUGCCGGCUACACCUUCUUCUGGAGCGGUUGCCCCAGGGCAGAGCAACGAGACGCGGGUGUCGCCUUCGCCAUCCGGAACGACAUCGUGGGACAACUGCCCUGUUUGCCGCAGGGAAUCAACGAUCGCCUGAUGAGCCUCCGUCUGCCUCUCCUGCGGGGGGGCAAAUUCGCCACCAUCAUCAGCGCCUACGCUCCGCCGAUGAGCAGCCCCGACGCCGCCGCCGCAAGAGACAAAUUCUACGAGGACCUACACGCCCUCUUGGCGACUGUGUCGAAGGCGGACAAGUUGAUUGUCCUUGGUGACUUCAACGCCCGCGUCGGCACAGACCAUACUGCCUGGAGAGGAGUGCUGGGUCCCCACGGCCUCCGCGGCUCCAACGGCAACGGACUGCUGCUGCUCCGCACCUGCACAGAACACCGCCUCAUCCUGACGAACACGUUCUUCUGUCUGCCGGAGCGAGAAAAGGCCACCUGGAGGCAUCCUCGGUCGCGUCAGUGGCACCUGCUGGACAAUGUCCUCGUCCGGAGGCAAGAUCAGCGGGACGUGCUGGUGACGAAGGCGAUCGCGGGUGCUGACGGGUGGACCGACCAUCGCCUCGUCAUCUCGAAGAUGCGUAUUCGCCUACAGCCUCGUAGGAGACCACAAGGUAAGCGACCCCCAGGUAAGCUGAAUGUUGCUUUGUUGUCUUUGCCCGCUCACCACCUUCAUUUCAGCAAUGAGCUAGCUCAACGGCUAGACAACCUUCCUAUCGCUGCCGCCGACGACGCCGCCGACGACGCCGCCGCCACUGCCGAGAAUGCCUCCGUGGAGAACCGCUGGUGUCAACUGCGAGACACGGUCCAGUCGACGGCGCUCGCCGUCCUCGGUCGCGCUCCCCGCCAACACCAGGACUGGUUCGACGACAACGACGCCGCCAUCAGAAAUCUGCUUGCUGAGAAGAACCGCCUACCCGAAGCCUACGUAGAUCACCCCACCGAGGACAACAUAGCUGCCUUUUACCGCAGUCGCCGCCAACUUCAGCAACGACUGCGCGAGAUGCAGAACGUCUGGACUGCUCGCAAAGCUGAGGAGAUCCAAGGCUACGCGGACCGCAACGAAUGGAAUAACUUCUCCGCAAUCAAAGCUGUCUACGGUCCGCCGACGAAGGGCACCGCUCCUCUCCUCAGCGCCGACGGCAGUACCGUCCUGACUGAGAAGACACAAAUUCUAAAUAGAAGGGUCGAGCAUUUCCGAGGCGUCCCCAACCGCCCCUCCGUCAUCUCCGACGCCGCCAUCGAGCGUCUGCCGCAAGUGGAAACCAACGAGGAUCUCGACCUCCCGCCAUCUUUCCAGGAGACCAUCAGGGCGGUGGAGCAACUCUCCAGCGGGAAAGCACCCGGGUCGGAUGCAAUCCCUGCUGGGGUCUACAAGCACGGAGGUCCCCAACUGAUGGAUCACCUCACUGCGCUCUUCUAG